UAUCGACAUUCGACAACGGAAGCAGCAAGUCUCUUUUUUUUCCCUUCGAUUCGGAUUUCGGUUGAACGAAGCGCUCCUUCGCCUAUUGAUUUCAGAAUCCGAGUUUCAGGUUCGACUUUUCUUCGCCUGUGGUAGCGGAAGAUUGUCGCCUCUGGAUUUCGGCGGCCAUGGUGUCCUUCGAAAUGAAUGAUCGGAAAAAAAUUGGGUUAGGGCUGACAGGAUUUGGCAUAUUUUUCUCAUUUCUGGGGAUCGUCUUCCUUUUUGAUAAAGGAUUACUUGCCAUGGGAAAUAUUCUUUUCAUUUCAGGAGUUAGCCUAACCAUUGGUCUGAAGUCUACCAUGCAAUUCUUCAUGAAACGUCAAAAUUUCAAGGGGACCAUUUCUUUUGGCGCUGGAUUUUUUUUUGUUGUCAUCGGAUGGCCCAUUUUGGGAAUGAUACUGGAGACCUAUGGUUUCAUUGUACUCUUCAGUGGCUUCUGGCCAACAUUGGCAGUUUUCAUUCAAAAAAUACCCGUUCUCGGUUGGAUCAUUCAACAGCCGUAUAUAAGAUCGUUCUUUGACAAGUACCGAGGCAGACGUGUACCCGUCUAGUCCCGCAACUCGAGGGACAAAUCACGAAGCUAAGAGGCUGGACCCCCGACUGCGACUCUUGCAUAUGAUGUUGGUUCCUGUAGAAAAUUUGUUUUACCUGCACUGACAGGAGACUAUGAGAAAGAAGCAGGGUGAGAAGGGCUUGGAGACAAACAGAUUUGAGCUUAUAUGUAAUGUCUACUCUGUAGCUUUGUCAUUUUUCAUGGUGUGGCAGUUGGCAGGUGAAAGAAACUCAAAAAGACAUAGCGCGAGACGCUUAAGAAUUUUGUAAACGUUGAAACAAAUGUAUUGCAGUAAUAGGUUGAGAAACUUGUAUUUGAUCCAAAUAUUUUCCGAAACGA